CGACCAUCCACCUCUGCACGCUGUCCAAGGUGCGCCUCGCUGUGGUCUUGGGAUAUCUUGGAGACUGAGCGGACCGUCUUCGUUCCACUCUACCCAUCUACUGGAACUGUCAUCCGGUGUGCGCAGGCGUUAGACGAGGGUAAAAGGUGCGAUGUAUAUCGAGAAGCUGAAAGUCCGGCCGCGUCAAGCGGCCGCCAUUAGGCCCUGCACGCCCCAGUUCGCAGCCAUGCUGGCAUGCUGGUCCGCUACCAACGAUAUCAUGUCUACUAGUGCAUGCGCAGACUCUGCGAAGGCGCUGUUGACCUGCAUGCGUACCGCUCCCGCGCCCACACGGAAGCACAAGCCGACCAUCAACUACCAUCUUGCACGCCUAGGCAAGACUCUCAACUAAACCGGCGCGCUUCCUUGCUGUGGACACACUACGUCGUAACGACAGGGAUGGCCCACCCCCAUAUCAUACGAGACUAGAC